AUGGCUGAGUCGAACAGCGCGAGUUUUCCUCACACGACACCGAACGGGUCCAGUCGCCAUGAGAAGAGUUUGGGUCUCCUCACAGUCAAGUUCGUUACUCUGCUUCAAGAGGCCAAAGAUGGAGUGCUCGAUCUCAAAGUGGCUGCAGACAGUUUGGCAGUCAAACAGAAGAGGAGAAUCUACGACAUCACCAAUGUUCUGGAAGGUAUUGGACUCAUUGAAAAAAAGACCAAAAACACUAUUCAGUGGAAAGGGGAGAGUUCAGGCUGCCAGCCUCCGGAAGUUCUCGAGCAGGUGGAAGUUCUCAAGGCAAAUAUUGCUGAUCUAGAGAUUCAAGAGAGAGAGCUGGACAUGCAGAAAGCGUGUCUGCAACAAAGCAUCAAGCACCUGAAUGAAGACUCCUCCAGCUGCAGGUACAGCUAUGUGACACAUGAGGACAUAUGUGAUGCGUUUGGUGGGGAUACUCUUCUAGCUGUCAUGGCACCAUCAGGGACACAACUGGAGGUCCCAGUGCCGGAGAUGGGCCACAAUGGUCAGAAGAAAUACCAGGUGAACUUGCGAAGUCACACGGCUCCCAUCCAAGUGAUGCUGAUAAACAGAGAGACGAGCUGCUCCAAGCCUGUUGUUGUCUCAGUUCCACCUCUAGACGACAUUUCUGCCAUGCCGACUCCUCCUAGUACUCCAGCAGGGCUGCAGAGAUUCCCCAUCUCCUCAGCCGAGCUCUGUGAUCUGAAGCGCGGGCCGCUCAAAAGCCCCGCUGCAGAGCACCAACUCACUCCGUCCUCCACGUCCACCGAUAUGCACAUGGAAUGCCACCCUGAGUCUCCUGCCAGUCAGUGUUUGCUGAUGCAGGGCUCUCUAGGUGGACCUGAAGAACAGCAGAGGGACAUGGGUGGUCAGGAUCUGCAGUCCAUGCUGGAAGAAAUGAGGGAUGAGAGAGAAGGUGUUUCUAACCUCAUUGAUGAAUUGAUGUCUUCAGAUGUUUUCCCCUUGCUAAGACUUUCACCUAACCCUGGUGUGGAUUACAAUUUCAACCUUGAUGACAACGAGGGAGUCUGCGACCUUUUUGAUGUGCAGAUUCUUAAUUAUUAAAGCAUGAUUCAUGCCACAUCGAUUGACACUUGCUUUCAUAGGACAAAAGCAAAGGUAAUGAGUCCCCCCCCACACACACACACACACACACACCCCACACCCCCACCUCACUGCCAACGGCUGCAUUCCUGCCUCAGCGCCUGCUCCUUGAACCUUGGCUUGCACUCAGUUUCACAUUCAUUUACAUUUCAUCAGCUUAGGUUUGCAAGUCUUUAACAGCUUUAUCCUGUCUGCCUUCAACCAUGACUAAUAUUUAAGAGGAAGAAAAGAAACUCCUCCCACCUAAACUUUAGACACUUGUGUGUCUAUUGUGAUUUUGUUUUAUACAGUCGUUAGUUUGUUUUCAGUUUUGUGACUUCACUCAUUGUUCCUGAUGAGUGAUGGUGUAAUUCAUAAAGGUAAAUGGAGGGCAGUUUAAAUGUAAUCUGAGAAAUUAAAACCACCCAAACAUGACACGUUGUUGGAACAUGUGCCUUAAGAUCAUCUUUUUGUUCCUUGUUUUUGCCCUUUCUGUGCCAACCUGUCUUAUUGUUGUUGUUCUUAGCACAUAUUGUAAGCAGGAGCUCUACAAUGUGACAUAAAAAUGUAUAAUAUAAUUUAACAGCUCACGCAAAGAUAUUUGAGUGGCUUGAUUAUUUGUCUAUUUAAUCACAACACUAAUUAUUUGAAUGUUGGUUAGUUUUGUAGUCUAUUGAUAGAAACACUGACUUUCAACUGUGCAUAUUUAUAUUGGAGUUUACUUGUACUGGAGUUUUUUAUGUCAUUGUCAACUGUCAUGUUGGAAUAUUACUAUGUUGUUCACCUUUUUUUUAUAUUGUUAUCCUAUUGCAAAUUGCAAUCCUACCUAAUUUAAAAGGGGAAUUAAUAUAAUUUGUACUGUAGUGUUCUUGGUUUAGAGGACAUAAAGAUGUUAAACUGCCUUGGAGAAUCUGUUUAUACAUUUCACAAGAUUGGGCCUUAUGCAGUUUUUUUUCUAUUAUUGUAAGUAACUUUAUUUUCUCUGUUUUCUAAUCAAGAGCAAUGUUUUUGUUCUGUUGCACUUUUUUAACCAAAGUUUUAUAUAUGUAAAAUAUCUAACUAUAUAUAUAUAUAUAAAAAACACUUGCUUUUGCUCAAGUAUAGUGAUCAUUCGUUUUGUUUGGAAUCUCGUCAUGGAAAAUAAACGUAUUUGUUUAUAACACUGCAA